UCCCCGACACUCGUUCAGUGGUCUCUUGUGAGGACGCGGCAGCGCGUGGAGUCGGCUAAGGGAAAAGCGAGGCAAGGCAGGCGGGUCUUUGAAGUUCUACAGUCUAGUUCUCAGUGCUGAACUUCCUUCUCCCUUAAGUUAUUAUAAACUUUUGCUGCUGUUCAAUAAUCGUGAAGAUGUCUCGCAGUCCUGAUGCGAAGGAAGACCCUGUGGAAUGUCCUCUUUGCAUGGAGCCCUUGGAGAUAGAUGAUAUCAACUUUUUCCCUUGCACCUGUGGCUAUCAGAUUUGCCGAUUUUGUUGGCAUCGAAUUCGCACUGAUGAAAAUGGGCUUUGUCCUGCAUGUAGAAAGCCAUAUCCAGAAGACCCAGCAGUUUAUAAACCACUCUCCCAGGAAGAAUUGCAGAGGAUAAAGAAUGAGAAAAAACAGAAACAGAAUGAGAGAAAACAGAAAAUAUCAGAAAAUCGCAAACAUUUGGCUAGUGUACGUGUUGUACAAAAAAACCUCGUCUUUGUUGUAGGUCUGUCUCAGCGCCUAGCAGACCCUGAGGUUUUAAAACGACCAGAAUAUUUUGGGAAGUUUGGUAAAAUACAUAAAGUUGUCAUCAAUAAUAGCACAUCAUAUGCAGGCUCACAGGGUCCAAGCGCCAGUGCUUAUGUAACCUAUAUCCGGUCAGAAGAUGCUCUCAGAGCCAUACAGUGUGUCAACAAUGUGGUAGUAGAUGGCAGAACACUUAAGGCAUCUCUAGGUACAACAAAAUACUGCAGUUACUUCUUAAAGAAUAUGCAGUGUCCGAAGCCUGACUGCAUGUAUCUACAUGAAUUGGGGGAUGAGGCGGCCAGCUUCACAAAAGAGGAAAUGCAGGCGGGUAAACACCAAGAAUAUGAACAGAAACUACUUCAAGAAUUGUAUAAGUUAAACCCCAAUUUUCUUCAACUGUCCACGGGUUCAGUUGAUAAGAAUAAGAACAAAGUGACGCCACUGCAGAGGUAUGAUACCCCCAUUGACAAACCUUCAGAUUCUCUCAGUAUAGGGAAUGGUGAUAAUUCACAGCAGAUAUCUAACAGUGAUACGCCUUCACCACCACCUGGUUUAUCAAAAUCCAAUCCUGUCAUCCCCAUCAGUUCAUCCAAUCACAGUGCACGGUCUCUUGAAGGGGCAGUAACUGAGUCACAGUCGUUAUUCUCAGAUAACUUUCGCCAUCCCAACCCGAUCCCAAGUGGGCUUCCUCCUUUCCCCAGCUCCCCACAGACGUCCAGUGACUGGCCUACAGCACCAGAGCCACAGAGUCUCUUCACAUCAGAAACAAUCCCGGUAUCGUCCUCCACAGACUGGCAAGCAGCAUUUGGCUUUGGUUCUUCUAAACAACCAGAGGAUGACUUGGGUUUUGAUCCCUUUGACGUCACUCGAAAAGCCUUAGCAGACCUGAUUGAAAAGGAACUGUCAGUCCAAGACCAGCCUUCCCUUUCGCCCACGUCUCUUCAGAACUCCUCUUCACACACUACAACCGCCAAAGGUCCGGGCUCUGGAUUCCUGCAUCCUGCUGCACCGACAAACGCCAACUCUCUCAAUAGUACCUUUUCAGUCUUGCCACAGAGGUUCCCUCAAUUUCAGCAGCACCGAGCAGUUUAUAAUUCAUUCAGUUUUCCAGGCCAGGCAGCCCGCUAUCCUUGGAUGGCCUUUCCACGCAAUAGCAUCAUGCACUUGAACCACACAGCAAACCCCACCUCAAAUAGUAAUUUCUUGGACUUGAAUCUCCCGCCACAGCACAACACAGGUCUGGGAGGGAUCCCUAUAGCAGACAACAGCAGUUCUGUAGAGAGUUUAAAUAUGAAGGAAUGGCAGGACGGGCUAAGGGCACUUCUACCCAACAUUAACAUCAACUUUGGUGGACUGCCCAAUUCUUCCUCCCCCUCCAACGCCAACCACACUGCACCAACGUCCAACCCCGCCACCACCGACAGCCUGAGUUGGGACAGCCCUGGCAGCUGGACAGACCCAGCCAUCAUCACAGGUAUUCCAGCAACUUCAGGAAACAGUUUAGACUCUCUUCAAGAUGACAAUCCUCCACACUGGCUAAAAUCCCUUCAGGCCCUCACAGAGAUGGACGGCCCCAGUGCUGCUCCACCGCAGACCCACCACAGCGCCCCCUUCAGCACACAGAUCCCUCUGCACAGAGCCAGUUGGAACCCCUACCCUCCUCCUUCAAACCCUUCCAGCUUCCACUCCCCACCCCCAGGCUUUCAGACAGCCUUCAGACCCCCCAGCAAAACCCCCACAGAUUUACUACAGAGUUCAACACUGGACCGCCAUUAGGGAAAGAGGAGAAACCAUUAGAAAACGCAGGAUUUGUCCCGCCCUGUUUUCUCCCUCUCGGCCCACACCCACAGCUCCCUUCUCAUUCUUACGUUCUGAAGAAUCCAGUUCCCGAUCAACUUUUUUUUUCUCCUCACCCCCAGAUGCAAUGCGAUCACAGGGUCAUUACCAUCUCUUUUUUUUUUAAUUGUAAAAGUUUCUGUUGAUCCAGCAUUUGAGUGACACUGUUGAAUGUUUCCUAAAAAUGCCUUUUUAAGGAGGGACAAAAAAAAAAAAAGAAAUCAAAGGGCAGUCUCAAUACUUAGAAAAUUACUGUUUGUCUGUUGCGCAUAAUAAUGACAUAAUCUGCUUAGCAGAAAAUGACGAUUAAUCUUUAGGAAAGGUCAAGUAAAUGCAUUAUCAACUGCAAAAGUUUUGAAAACCAGGUUAAUUGAAAUGAGAUUGCUAAGUGCAUGGGGGAAAGCAGUGGUCCUGACAUCCAUCUUGUAUUCAGCUUAUCACUAUUGCAGGGAAAAUGCUUUUAAUUUAAUUUAAUUUUUAAUUCUUCCGACAAGUUGAUGGAGAGGACUUGAUUGUGUCGUUAAGCAAAAGAAUUUAUUGGAAGUUGAUGGAAAGACAAAUUGAUCUGUAGCAGUAACUGGCCUAUU